CCACUCCCAGCCCUUAGCAAACUCACUAUUACACCCGACUCCACCACAUCCACAAACUCCACAUCACCGAGCAGCAACCAUGGAGACCAUUAGCAAUGUCGUCAACACUGUGUCCGCCACAGCCACCAAGGCCAUCUGGGGCGAGCCGCAAACCAACGAGACGGCGGGCAACGAGCCUGUCUCUGGCGUUCAGGGCAAGGGCACCGCAGCUGAGCCCUUCGACGGGGGCAACUCCGAAGACCCGGCCGUUUCCACGACCCAGAACGAGACUGCCGGCAAGGAGCCUGUUAGCGGCCUAGAGGGCAAGGGCACAGCUACGGAGCCAUUCGACCUGGGCAACUCAGCGGACGCAACCAACACUGCCACCCUCCCAAUUCGUGAGAAGUCAACGACUACCGAGACCGCCGACACACUUACACUCGCCGUGCGACCUGACGAGACUAACACCGCCGGACUUGCUGGCACUACCAACCUCGCCGAUACGCUCGCUAAGACGCACCUUACUGACUCCAAGACCGAUGGCAACAGCAUCGACAAGGACGUCGUUCCUGCCGGCAAGAACGAGCCCGCGCUUGCAGGCUUCGCGGAGAACCGCACUAUCGACCCCGAGGAUAAGUCGCAGCAACCCGCCGAAGUCUCCAACGCCACGACGGGCGACACGCUCACCUCGACCAAGUCUACCGCCGACACCAGCGCCGGCGUGGCCGGCACCCACAACCUCUCCGAUACCCUCGCAAAGACCAACCCGCCGACCGUCUCCUCCGUCACCUCACCCAAGGGCACUCCCGCCGUCGGCAGCGAGGGCCCCGACAUGCUCGGCACGACCAAGGGCACUGGCGAGCACAGCGCCACCGGCACCGCUGGUAUCGUCCCCACCGGCGUCACAGAAUCAAGUCGCAUAAUGGAGACGAAGAGCGAGCAGAAGGACAAGAAGGAGGCCAGUCCGUCCGGCGAGAAGGAGAAGGUCAGCAAGAUGGAGAAGCUAAAGGAGAAGCUGCAUAUUGGCCACAAGCACUAGAUGGGAGGUAUACAAGAGUUCGGGAUUUGUGACUGCAUGAGCUGGCCAUGUGAGCCUAUGUAUACGAUUUGAUGGCGGCUGGAUGGAUGUAUGUUUGUGAUACCUUGUGCCCUCCUUAGCCAAGAGGGUCUUUUAAUUCCCCCAUUAAUGUAACUGAAUUC